AUGACUGAGUUUAUCAAAUACAAAGGUUUUGAUCAUGUCUGGCAGUACUCAGGACCAUGGUUGUACUAUUUAAUUGGGGUUUAUCUUUGUUUACCUAUUAUUGCCUAUCUGGUUUUACCAUGGUUUUUCCAUAAAAGAAAAUCUAGUCAACGUAAAAUGAUUUCAAUAUUCGUAUUAGGAGAUUUAGGUCAUUCGCCACGAAUGUGUUAUCAUGCUAUGACAUUUAGUAAAUUAGAUUAUUUUGUUAAUUUGUGUGGAUACAUAGAAACCGAACCAUCCCCUGAAGUUCUUGAUGAUGUUAGUAUUGAUAUUAUUCCCAUUGAUGUUAUUAAAAAUACUAAUGAUUUACCAUUUGCUUUAUUUGCAUUAUACAAAAUUUCCACUCAAUGUAAACAAAUUUGGAAAAUAUUAUGGAAUACAAGAGGUACCGAUUAUAUCAUGAUUCAAAACCCACCAAGUAUACCUAUAUUACUUGUGAUUAUUGUUUUCAUCAAAUUUUUCAGUCGUGAAACAGAAUUGAUUAUAGAUUGGCACAAUUUGAAUUAUACGAUUUUAAAUUUAAGAUACAAUAAUUUAAACCAUCCAUUUGUUAGAAUUGUUAAAUUUUAUGAACAUAUUUUGGGUCAUUUUGCAAAUUUGAAUAUAACCGUUACGAAAAAUAUGAGGAAAUUUUUAAACACAGAGUUUGGAUUGAAAAAGAAUAGAAUUGUAACAUUAUAUGAUAGACCGGGAGAUCAAUUUCAACCAAUCACAGAUAAACUGGAAUUUACUUCUAAACACGAGUUAUUUAAAGACAUUGAUACUCAAAAGUAUAAAAUAUUAAUUAGUUCAACAUCUUUCACUCCCGAUGAAGAUUUCAAUAUUCUUUUAGAUGCGUUAAAAGAAUACGAGGGAAUUUCCAAUACUCCACCAGUGUGUUUAAUAGUUACAGGAAAAGGACCAUUAAAAGAGAAGUUUUUGACAACUGUUGAAGAAUUGAAAUUUUCUCCAAAAGUUAUAGUUAAAACCGCAUGGUUAUCUGCUGAAGAUUAUCCUAAAGUAUUAGCAUGUGCAGAUUUGGGUAUUUCUUUGCACACUUCCUCUAGUGGUAUUGAUUUACCAAUGAAAAUUGUUGAUUUUUUUGGAUGUGGAGUUCCUGUUAUUUCCUUAAACUUCCCAGCUAUUGAUGAGUUGGUUAAAGAUGGUGUUAAUGGAUUAAUCACCAAGGAUAAAUCACAAACUAAAGAAUCUAAACAAGUCUGCCAUUUAAUAAAUGAAGUAUUUACAGAUGAAAAAUUAUUAUCCACGAUUAAAAAUGGUGCAAUGGAAGAAAGUAAACUUAGAUGGGACGAGAAUUGGUUUAGUGUAUUGGGUUCUAAAUUUGAUACUAAACAAAUAAAGGGUAGAUAG